GGAAAAAUGUCUUUCUGACUUUUAGGAAGCAGAUGCAUACUUGUCACUUUGUCAGAGUAGUUCAUGCAAUCCUUAUCAGACCUUGAGAAAAACCGAGUCCCCGUCCUUGUUCCCCUUUGUUUCUAGACGGCAGAAGAUCCCAUCCUAUCUCACACUUUGCCGCAACCUCUCUUGUCUCUUACCUUUGUUGUUUGUUUUCCUUCUUCUUCUUAACGUGUACAAGUCAUGCGUUGAGACCCAGAAAAACACCUAUGCUUGCACCUCUGUGCUAAACCCACCAUUUCCUUGGAGCAAGUCAAAUGGCUACCAUUUCGUCAGUGCCCAAGUUGAGCUUUUCUGAUUGCGGGCAGGCCCUUCAGUUACUUUUUCCCAACUGCAAGUUCAGAAGGACACAAGUCUUUCAUCAUAGAAAAUGCCAUGGGAGGCGAGUUGGGUUUUCUCAGAAUAGUGGGUUUCGUGUCUUUUGCCAAUCUAAGACAGAGGAAAUACAGAUAAGGAAGUACUCACCAUUUCUAGAAAGUGCAUUACUAGAUGGUAAUGAUGCCUUGGUAGCUGAUGAGUGGCAGGCAGUUCCUGACAUUUGGAGAACUUCAGCUGAGAAAUAUGGGGAUCAUGUAGCAUUAACGGAUCCAUACCAUGAUCCACCGUCAAAUAUGACUUAUAAACAGCUGGAACAGGAGAUUUUAGACUUUUCGGAAGGUCUAAGAAUUGUUGGAGUAAAGCCUGCUGAAAAGAUUGCACUUUUUGCUGAUAAUUCUUGUCGUUGGCUUGUUGCAGAUCAGGGUAUAAUGGCCACUGGAGCAAUCAAUGUGGUAAGAGGUUCAAGGUCAUCAGUUGAAGAAUUGUUACAAAUAUACGAUCACUCUGAAAGUGUUGCACUUGCUGUGGAUAGUCCUGAAUUGUUCAAUCGGAUUGCAGAACCAUUCUGUUCCAAGGUUGUCAUGAAAUUUGUAAUUCUGCUGUGGGGGGAGAAGUCUAGCCUGGCCAGUGAGGAAAAUAUCCCUGUGUUUAACUACAAGGAUAUUCUAGAUUUGGGACAAGAAAGCCGCAAGCGUUUGCUUAAUGCUAGUGAUGCACGGCAAUACUAUACACAUGAAGCCAUCAAUUCAAAUGAUAUUGCUACACUAGUAUAUACAAGUGGAACAACUGGCAAUCCGAAAGGUGUCAUGCUUACUCAUCGAAAUCUAUUACAUCAGGUAAGAAACCUCUGGGAUAUUGUACCUGCUGAACCUGGGGACCGAUUUCUCAGUAUGCUUCCACCAUGGCAUGCCUAUGAACGAGCUGCUGAGUAUUUCACUUUUACAUAUGGAGUUGAGCAAGUAUAUACAACUGUGAAGAACUUGAAGGAUGAUCUGCGACAUUAUCAACCAAAGUAUGUGGUAUCAGUUCCUUUGGUGUACGAGACACUUUACAAUGGGAUUCAGAAACAGAUAUCUUCAAGUUCUAAAGCUCGUAAGCUUAUUGCACUUUCAUUCCUAAGGAUCAGUUUGGCAUACAUGGAGUUCAAGAGAAUUUAUGAGGGGACAUAUUUGACAAGGAACCAGAAGCAGCCUUCGUAUUAUGCUGCACUAGCAGAUUGGUUGUGGGCAAGGAUUGUUGCUGCAAUUUUAUUGCCUUUGCAUAUGUUGGGAACGAAACUAGUCUAUAGUAAAAUUCAUUCUGCUAUUGGAAUAUCAAAGGCUGGCAUCAGUGGAGGAGGUAGUUUGCCAUCACAUGUUGAUAAAUUUUUUGAGGCAAUUGGCAUAAAAGUGCAGAACGGAUAUGGUUUAACAGAGAGUUCUCCUGUUAUUGCUGCUCGAAGACCAAACUGUAAUGUUCUUGGUUCGGUUGGGCAUCCAAUUCGACAUACAGAGUUCAAAGUUGUAGACUCUGAAACUGAUGAAGUUCUCCCACCUGGUUCAAGUGGCAUUGUAAAAGUCACGGGUCCACAAGUGAUGAAAGGAUAUUACAAGAAUCCAGGUGCUACAAAGCAAGUAUUAGAUGAGGAUGGUUGGCUUAAUACUGGAGAUAUUGGUUGGAUUGCUCCUCACCACUCAAUAGGUCGAAGCCGUAGUUGUGGAGGCGUUGUUGUCCUUGAAGGUCGUGCUAAGGAUACUAUAGUGCUUUCAACAGGUGAAAACGUUGAACCGGUAGAGCUUGAGGAAGCUGCAAUGAGAAGCAGUCUAAUUCAACAAAUUGUUGUCAUUGGCCAGGAUCAACGGCGUCUUGGGGCAAUUAUUGUUCCAAACAGAGAAGAGGCUUUACUUGCUGCCACAAAGUCGUCUAGUGGUGAUGCCAAUAUAUCUGAUCUGAGUAAGGACAAAUUGACAGGCUUGCUGUAUGAAGAACUGAAAAAAUGGACUUCAGGAUGUUCAUUUCAAAUUGGACCAAUCUUGAUUGUGGACGAGCCCUUUACGAUUGAUAGUGGUUUGAUGACUCCAACUAUGAAAAUUCGAAGAGACAAAGUUGUGGCCCAGUACAAGGAACAAAUAGAGGAACUGUACAAGAAAUAAUCCUUGCGAGGAUUCUAUUGUAUACUAAUAUAAGUAGAAUCAGUCACCUGUCCGAAAAGAAAGGUUGUGUAGUAGCCUUCGUAAUACAUAGCCCAGACCAAGACUUUACCCUCCUGCUGGCUAUGAUCUUGUUUGUUAACCUGUAUAUUUGUAACAUCUCUCUGUGACAUAUUGUAAUUUGUGGCAAACAAGAAUGUAGUAAAUUGGAGCAUUUCUUGUUACUUCAUACUUGCAAGUGAGGGGAUGUGCUGUCAGUAAGGCAGCACUUUUCAUGUAACGUCAGGUUUGAGUAGAGCACUCAUCCAUCUUUAUCUUACUGUUGUAAUUGUAAUAUGUUAUGCCAGAUACUCAUUUGUUCUAUAAAACAAACCUAGCAAACCUUUAUCU